CCCGCGACUCCUAUAUACACACACACACACCCACAACAUCCAUCGGGUUGGUUUUCGCAGUGUUCUGCAGCGCUUGGUGAAUGGUUGUUCCCCAUCGGAGAUAACCGAGAGGCGAAAUUCUGGCAGGAUACGGCAGCUGACUGAUCCUCUCCCAUCCUCAUCCUCUCGCUCCUCGUACACCACCAUCUCCGACGAGGAUGAAUUUCGCGAACAAGCUCGUGCGCUUCCUCUUCGUCUCGGUGAUAUUCUACGUGGGUCGAUGUUCCGAGGAUGAGGAGAGGCUGGUGCGCGACCUGUUCCGCGGUUACAACAAGCUCAUCAGGCCGGUGCAAAACAUGACCGACACAGUCAACGUCAAGUUCGGCCUCGCCUUCGUCCAGCUUAUCAACGUGAACGAAAAGAACCAGAUUAUGAAGUCCAACGUUUGGCUGCGCUUCGUCUGGACGGACUACCAGCUGCAGUGGGACGAGGCAGAUUACGGAGGGAUCUCGGUCCUGCGGUUGCCGCCCGACAAAGUCUGGAAGCCCGACGUCGUGCUGUUCAAUAACGCCGACGGCAACUACGAGGUGCGUUACAAGAGCAACGUCCUGAUCUACCCGAACGGGGAAGUGUUGUGGGUACCACCGGCUAUCUACCAGAGCAGCUGCACGAUAGACGUCACCUACUUCCCGUUCGACCAGCAGACCUGCAUCAUGAAGUUUGGCUCGUGGACGUUCAACGGCGACCAGGUCUCCUUGGCCCUCUACAACGACAAGAACUUUGUCGACCUGUCGGAUUAUUGGAAGAGCGGCACCUGGGACAUCAUCAACGUCCCGGCUUUCCUGAACGUUUACGAGGAAGUGCCCACAGAGACGGACAUCACGUUUUACAUAAUCAUCAGACGCAAGACGCUCUUCUACACCGUCAACUUGAUCCUACCGACUGUGCUCAUCUCCUUUCUCUGCGUCCUCGUGUUCUACCUGCCGGCCGAGGCUGGCGAGAAAGUCACUCUUGGAAUCAGUAUUCUCCUGUCACUGGUUGUGUUCCUGUUGCUCGUAAGUAAAAUAUUGCCGCCUACAUCGCUCGUGCUGCCGCUCAUCGCCAAGUAUCUCCUCUUCACCUUCAUCAUGAAUACCGUCAGUAUUUUGGUGACGGUCAUCAUCAUCAAUUGGAACUUCCGAGGACCCCGCACUCACCGGAUGCCCCAAAUGACUCGAAGGAUUUUCUUGAAAAUCCUUCCGGCCCUGCUGCUGAUGCGCCGACCGAAGAAGACCCGGCUGCGCUGGAUGAUGGAGAUCCCGAACGCGACACUGCCGACCUCGACGUACUCGGGCAGCCCGACCGAGCUGCCGAAGCACCUGCCCACGUCCCUCGGCAAACCAAAGAUGGAGAUGAUGGAGCUGUCGGACCUGCACCACCCGAAUUGCAAGAUAAACCGCAAGAGCCAUCACACGGGGGGUUCGAGCGCCGCCGGCCCGGGUAGCGACGCCCUCGCCGACAGACGAGGCUCCGAGAGCUCGGACUCGGUCCUGCUCAGUCCUGAGGCGGCUAAGGCCACCGAGGCCGUCGAGUUCAUCGCCGAACACCUGCGCAACGAGGACCUCUACAUUCAGACUCGCGAGGACUGGAAGUACGUGGCUAUGGUGAUAGAUCGGCUGCAGCUCUACAUAUUCUUCCUCGUGACGACGCUCGGCACUAUCGGUAUCCUGAUGGACGCGCCCCACAUCUUCGAGUACGUCGACCAGGACCGCAUCAUCGAGAUAUACCGGGGCAAGUGAGCCAACAACGCAAUCAUCCAUGCACUUUUCAAGGAGCCCAUGUUGUUGUACUACACUCAUCGGCAUCAUCAACCAAUACCAUUACUGCCGUGUCCAUUACGCUGCUGUUGUUGUUGCCGUCGUCGUCGUUGUUGUUGUUGUACAUACAUACAUGAAAUACGCGUUCGCGUAAGUAUUAUAUUAAUUGCCGAUCGAUGGUUAUUAAUAGUACGAAGCGCUACAUGUUGUACGAAUCGUCUAUACACACACACACACCCUUACAUGGUUCUCGACAAACGAGAGUUUGAAAAAGAGAAGUUGAAACUUGGACGAGUGAGCGCCAAAAGAGUUGUAAACUAGUCAACCUGUCGUGAGUAUAUAAUGCUAAUGGAGCGAGCGAACAAUUCAACACUAAGUAAAUUAAUAAUUAAAUAAUAAACAAUUUAUGGUAAAUUAAAUGAUUUAAACUAUGAAAAGCUAAAAGUAAACUAAAAGUGGAUUAUAAAUAAAUUAAUAAAUAAAUAAAUAAACGCAUAAAGAUUUAAACAAAGAUUUGGAUGAAGCGUGUGAGGCGAACGAGGCUACUGAUUUCUCUGAAGGGCAAAUGCAUAAGCCGAGGCUUCGCUCGUCUCGCUCGCGAAACGGCGGUAUACUUAAUAGUUGUAAAAUUUAAUAAAAAUUACAAUAUAAAUGAAAAAACUAAUGAUAAAGAUACAGAAAGAGAAGAAAUUAACGGUGUGAGAGUUGACAGGUAUGUAUAAAUAUAUAUAAAUACUCAUACAUUACAUAAUAUUAUACAUACAGGCAAAGGAUGAAAAAUAGACUAAAAUUAAAAUGAAAGCAUUACCGACACAUUAAUCAUACACGCAUACAGGGAGGGAGCUGAGAUCUUCCCUUUUUUUCUAUGUAAUGUAUUAUACAUAAUAAAUAUUAUUUCUAAUGCGAGCUGAGUUAAGAGUGAGAAUUGAGAAUAGGCGAAGAGUUGAAAAACAAAAACGAAAAAAAAAAAUUAAAAGAAAGAAAGCGAGUUUGGAGGAUUACUUUUUAGCAUUUUGUACUUGGAAAAUCAA